GGGGCGGGGCCGGAACCCGGAAGCGCCGAGCGCGGGGGAGCGGCGGGGCGGAGCGGCCCGGGCGGCGGCGGGCGCGGGCGGACCCGGCCGGGGCGAGGACGGCCGAGGCCCAGCUGCAGGAGGUGCGCGCCCAGCUGGGCAGGCAUGCUGAGGCCGGGCGGCCGGCAGGAUGAGUGUGCGCGAGGCGGGCAGCGCGGGCCGCGGGCAGCAGGCGGCCUACCAGCUGCACAUCUUCCCUCGGCUGUCCGCCCCCGGGAGCCAGGCCUCGUGCCGCGUGACGGCCUCCAAGGACAGCACGGCGGCCGACGUGAUCCGCGAGGCGGUCGCCAGCCUGCGCCUGGACGCCAGCAAGCGCUACGCGCUGGUGGAGGUGAAGGAGUCGGGCGGCGAGGAGUGGGCGCUGGACGCCAGCGACUCGCCCGUGCACCGCGUGCUGCUGUGGCCGCGCCGGGCGCGGGAUGAGCACCCGCCGGCGGCCGGCUACUACUUCCUGCUGCAGGAGCGUGACGCCGACGGCAGCCUCAAGGACGUGCACGGGCAGCUGGCGGCGCAGGCGGCGGCCGCGCGGCGCCUGGUGGAGCGGGGCCUGCUGCCGCGGCCGGAGGCCGACGUGGACGACCUGUGCAACCUGCCCGAGCUCACCGAGGCGCACCUGCUGCAGAACCUCAAGCGGCGCUUCCUGCAGCAGAAGAUCUACACGUACGCCGGCAGCAUCCUGGUGGCCAUCAACCCCUUCAAGUUCCUGCCCAUCUACAACCCCAAGUACGUCAAGAUGUACGAGAACCAGCAGCUGGGCAAGCUCGAGCCGCACGUGUUCGCGCUGGCCGACGUGGCCUACUACGCCAUGCUGCGCAAGCGCGUCAACCAGUGCAUCGUCAUCUCGGGCGAGAGCGGCUCCGGCAAGACGCAGAGCACCAACUUCCUGAUCCACUGCCUCACGGCGCUCAGCCAGAAGGGCCAUGCCAGCGGGGUGGAGCGCACGAUCCUGGGAGCCGGGCCGGUGCUGGAGGCUUUCGGGAACGCCAAGACUGCACACAACAACAACUCCAGCCGCUUUGGGAAGUUUAUCCAAGUCAACUACCUGGAGAGCGGCAUCGUGCGAGGGGCUGUGGUUGAGAAGUACCUACUAGAGAAAUCUCGUCUGGUCUCUCAGGAGAAAGAUGAGCGCAAUUACCACGUCUUCUAUUACCUGUUACUCGGCGUCAGCGACGAGGAGCGUCAAGAAUUCCAACUAAAGCAACCCGAAGAUUAUUUCUACCUCAACCAGCACAACUUGAAGAUCGAGGACAGGGAGGACUUGAAGCAUGACUUCGAGAGGCUGAAGCAGGCCAUGGAGAUGGUGGGCUUCCUGCCGGCCACCAGGAAGCAGAUCUUCUCCAUCCUGUCAGCCAUCCUGUACCUGGGCAACGUCACCUACAAGAAGAGGGCCACAGGCCGCGACGAAGGCCUGGAGGUGGGGCCCCCGGAGGUCCUGGACACGCUGUCCCAACUUCUGAAGGUGAAGCGAGAAAUCCUGGUGGAAGUUCUGACCAAGAGGAAAACGGUGACAGUCAAUGACAAGCUCAUCCUUCCUUACAGCCUCAACGAGGCCAUCACUGCUCGCGACUCCAUGGCCAAGUCACUGUACAGCGCCCUGUUCGACUGGAUCGUGCUGCGCAUCAACCACGCCCUGCUCAACAAGAGAGACAUGGAGGAGUCGGUCUCGUGCCUGUCCAUCGGCGUCUUGGACAUCUUUGGCUUUGAGGACUUCGAGAGAAACAGCUUCGAGCAGUUCUGCAUCAACUACGCCAACGAGCAGUUGCAGUACUACUUCAACCAGCACAUCUUCAAACUGGAGCAGGAGGAGUACCAGGCGGAGGGCAUCACCUGGCACAACAUCGACUACACCGACAACGUGGGCUGCAUCCACCUCAUCAGCAAGAAGCCCACGGGCCUCUUCUACCUGCUGGACGAGGAGAGCAACUUCCCCCACGCCACGAGCCAGACCCUGCUGGCCAAGUUCAAGCAGCAGCAUGAGGACAACAAGUACUUCCUGGGCACCCCGGUCAUGGAGCCCGCGUUCAUCAUCCAGCACUUCGCGGGCAAAGUCAAGUACCAGAUCAAGGACUUCCGGGAGAAGAACAUGGACUACAUGCGGCCGGACAUCGUGGCCCUGCUGCGGGGCAGUGACAGCUCUUAUGUGCGUGAGCUCAUUGGCAUGGACCCUGUGGCCGUGUUCCGCUGGGCCGUGCUGCGCGCCGCCAUCCGCGCCAUGGCCGUGAUGCGGGAGGCUGGGCGCCUGCGGGCCGAGAGGGCCGAGCGGGCCGAGCAGACCACAGCAGGCGUGGGCAGUCCCAGUGCCCGAAGUCAGCCGGGAGACCUGCCAAGAGGAGCUGGCACCCCAUCGGAAAAGCUGUACCGCGAUUUGCAUAACCAAAUCAUCCGGAGCAUCAAGGGGCUGCCCUGGCAGGGCGAGGACCCCCGUAGGCUCCUGCAGUCCCUCAGUCGGCUCCAGAGGCCCCGUGCCACCUUCCUGAAGAGUAAAGGUAUCAAACAAAAGCAGAUCGUGCCCAAGAACCUCCUGGACUCCAAGUCCCUGAAGCUCAUCAUCAGCAUGACCCUGCACGACCGCACCACCAAGUCCCUGCUGCACCUGCACAAGAAGAAGAAGCCACCCAGCAUCAGCGCCCAGUUCCAGACAUCCCUCAACAAGCUGCUGGAGGCGCUGGGCCAGGCCGAGCCCUUCUUCAUCCGCUGCAUCCGCUCCAACGCCGAGAAGAAGGAGCUGAGCUUUGACGAGGAGCUGGUGUUGCAGCAGCUGCGCUACACGGGCAUGCUGGAGACCGUGCGCAUCCGGAGGUCCGGCUAUAGCGCCAAGUACACCUUCCAGGAUUUUACGGAGCAGUUCCAAGUCCUACUGCCCAAGGACGCCCAGCCUUGCCGAGAGGUCAUCUCCGCCCUGCUGGAGAAAAUGGCUGUGGACAAGAGGAGCUACCAGAUCGGGAAGACCAAAAUCUUCCUGAAGGAAACGCAGCGCCAGGCCCUGCAGGAGACACUGCACCGCGAGGUGGUGCGUCGGAUCCUGUUGCUACAGAGCUGGUUCCGCAUGGCACUCGAGCGCCGCCACUUUUUGCUGCUUCGGCGAGCAGCCGUCACCAUCCAGGCCUGUUGGCGUUCCUACCGUGUGCGCCGGGCGCUCGAGCGCCAGCAGGCUGCCGUCUUCCUGCAGGCCGCCUGGAGGGGCUUCCGGCAGCGCACGGCCUACCGGCGGCAGCGCCAAAGUGUGAUCCGCCUGCAGAGCCUCUGCCGCGGCUACCUGCUGCGCAGGAGCUUCCGGCUGAUGGUGGCAGAGAAGCAGAGAGCAGAAGCAGCGGCAAGCGCUGCGGAGGCCAUGGUGGUAGCCGCCUCAGAGGGACCGGCCCCCAGCGGGGAGCAGGUGGCAGGGCAGGGCGUGGAGCCCCAGCCAGCAGAGGACGGUGGACAGCCAUCUGCAUCCGAGCCCGAAGCAGAGCCCCCUGACAAGUCCCCAGCCACCGCCGGGCCCUGCCGACCAGAGGAGGAGCCCAGCGCCCCCGAAAAGACACCCUCACCCCACACCAGCGCGGCCCCGGCGGCCGAAGCCCACGAGCGGGUCCCGAGCAGCCGUGAGAAGCGCGAGUCACGCCGGCAGCGAGGCCUGGAGCACGUGGAGCUGCAGAACAAGCACAGCCAGGCAUACCGGGAGGAAAGAGAACCUUCUGGAAGGGCUGCCCCAGAGCCCCAGCACAGCCUUGAGGGAGACAGGCAGGAGAAGGCAGAUAAGACCCCCACGGCGAUAGGGACGAAUACUGGGGCUCCCGAGCAGCCCCCGGAGCCUCCACAAGCCACGGCUGACAACAGGGUUUCUGGGGACACAGUGAAGGUGCCACCAAGCGGGAGCCCUAGGCCCGGCCAUGCUGAGCGGCCCACCAGCCUGGCCCUGGACAGUCGGCUCUGCUCCCCAACCCCCAAGGACAAGGACAGGCCCAGCGGCAGCCCCCAGGCCCAUGACAAGCCCGAGAGCCCCGGGGGCUCCAGCCAGAUCCAGCGGUACCGGGACCCAGACACCGAGCGGCUGGCCAAUGCCGUGGAGUUGUGGCGGGGCAAGAAUCUGGUGGCCGCCAGCCCCAGCAGCAUGCUGAGCCAGUCGCAGGACCUGAGCGAGCGGCAGCGCCCUGUGGGAGCCGUCCUCACACCCACAGAGGAGAAGCGCACGUCCCCAUCCACCAGUGACGCGUCCGGGCUGUCCCCGGCCAAGACGCAGCCGCUGGCGGACAGCGCUGACGGUGAGCUGAGCACCAGGAAGCCACCUGUGCACAAGAAGAAAUCGAGCGACGCGUCCUCGGUCACAGACGCAGGGCUGUCCCCCGGGGCCCAGGCCGACUCCAAAUCCACGUUUAAGCGACUCUUCCUGCAUAAAACCAAGGAGAAGAAGUACAGCCUGGAGGGUGUGGAGGAGGCGGCAGAGCCCACGGUGCCCGGGCUCAGCCCACCAGAUGCCACCUCCACCAGGAAGAGCCUAGAAGCCCCCUUGGGCCAGCAGCACCGCCAGCACACCAAGGAGCCUGGAGGCAAAGGGAAGAAGAACCGGAACCUCAAGGUGGGCAAAAUCACCGUGUCCGAGAAGUGGCGCGAGUCGGUGUUCCGCAAGAUCACCAAUGCCAACGAACUCAAGUACCUGGAUGAGUUCCUGCUCAACAAGAUAAAUGACCUACGUUCCCAGAAAACUCCCAUUGAGAGCUUGUUUAUCGAAGCCACCGAGAAGUUCCGGAGCAACAUUAAGACCAUGUACUCCGUCCCCAACGGCAAGAUACAUGUGGGCUACAAAGACCUCAUGGAGAACUACCAGAUCGUCGUGGGCAACCUGGCCGCCGAGCGGGGCCACACGGACACCAACCUGGUCCUCAACCUCUUCCAGUCGCUGCUGGACGAGUUCACACGCGGCUACACCACCAAGAACGACCUGGAGCCCGCCAAGCAGAGCAAAGCGCAGAAGAAGAAGCGGAAACAGGAGCGUGCUGUGCAGGAGCACAAUGGGCACGUGUUCGCCAGCUACCAGGUGAGCAUCCCGCAGUCCUGCGAGCAGUGCCUCUCCUACAUCUGGCUCAUGGACAAGGCCCUGCUGUGCAGUGUGUGCAAGAUGACCUGUCACAAGAAGUGUGUGCACAAGGUUCAGAGCUACUGCUCCUACACGAGUGGGCGCAAGAGCGAGCCAGGCGCCGAGCCAGGCCACUUUGGCGUGUGCGUGGACAGCCUGACGAGCGACAAGGUGUCGGUGCCCGUGGUGCUGGAGAAGCUCCUAGAACACGUGGAAAUGCACGGGCUCUACACCGAGGGCCUCUACCGCAAGUCGGGCGCCGCCAACCGCACGCGGGAGCUGCGCCAGGCCUUGCAGACAGACCCCGCGGCCGUGAACCUGGACAACUUCCCCAUCCACGCCAUCACAGGUGUGCUGAAGCAGUGGCUGCGGGAGCUGCCCGAGCCGCUCAUGACUUUCGCUCAGUACGGCGACUUCCUGCGCGCUGUGGAGCUGCCCCAGAAGCAGGAGCAGCUGGCCGCCAUCUACACCCUGCUGGAGCACCUGCCCGAGGCCAACCACAACUCCCUGGAGAGACUCAUCUUCCACCUCGUGAAGGUGGCUCUGCUGGAGGACGUGAACCGCAUGUCGCCGGGGGCGCUGGCCAUCAUCUUCGCCCCCUGCCUCCUGCGCUGCCCAGACACCUCGGACCCGUUGACCAGCAUGAAGGACGUGCUGAAGGUCACCACGUGCGUGGAGAUGCUCAUCAAGGAGCAGAUGCGCAAGUACAAGGUGAAGAUGGAGGAGAUCAGCCAGCUGGAGGCGGCCGAGAGCAUCGCCGUGCGCCGGCUGUCACUGCUGCAGCAGAACGUGCCAUGGCCUUUCAAACUGGGGUUCUCAUCUCCCUAUGAGGGGGUCCUGAGCAAGAGCCCCAAGGAGCCUGGCAGCCUGGAGGAGCUGGAGGCCCUGCCUGAAGAAGAGGCGGCCAGCGGGGGCGGUGACGAGGACCGCGAGAAAGAGCUGCUGAUGGAGCGCAUCCAGUGCAUCAAGGAGGAGAAGCAAGACAUCACAUACCGGCUGCCUGAGCUGGACCCGCGGGGCUCGGACGAGGAGAACGCAGACUCGGAGACCUCGGCCAGCACUGAGAGCCUCCUCGAGAAGCGAGCCGGGCGCGGGGCCCCCGAAGGGCCCCCCGCGCCUGCGCUCCCCCGCCCCGGGGUGCGCGCCCCGAGCCCCCUUCCCCCGGCGGCGGCCACCCCCGCCCGCCGAAGGCCAGCCUCCUUCGUCACGGUGCGAGUGAAGACCCCCCGGCGGACCCCCAUCAUGCCCACCGCCAACAUCAAGCUCCCACCGGGCCUGGCCUCGCACCUGUCCGCCGGCGUGGUCGCCACCGUGCGGCGCCGCGAGCCACCCGCCCGCCGGCCGGACCUGGUGCACUCGCUGUAUGUGGCGCCAGGGGCCCAGCUGCCCGUGCAGGCAGCCCUGGAGGCGCUGCGGGAGCAGCAGCCGGUCACGCCAGCCCGGCGCAGGUACUCCGACCCGCCGCUCUACUGCCUGCCGCGGCCCGCCUCCCCAGGCCAGGCCCCCGGCUGAGCCUACGGCCCCAGGGAGGCACCUGGACAGGC